AUGUUGUUGCUUGUGAUUUUAUGUUUGCCUGGACUUAUCGAAUCCGGAGGCUUACAGCCGGACUUGCAACUUUUUGAAGAUAUGAUGAAGACUUGUGAGAAUGGAACAAAUAAAUGCUUACCGCCAUUGAUACCAAGGCUUCCGCAGUGGUUUAUCCACAAACCCACCAAAUUCGCUGCUUGUAACCUUCCAUCAGUGUUGACUCCGUUACUUGAACGAACAUUCUGCAUGCUCAAUUUACCUUAUGUGGCCGGAAAACCAGAUACUUCCGCGUUGGCUAAACAGAUCUGCGCGUUGUCACCGAAUUACGCUUUCACUACCCGGGAUUUCACAACCUUCCUGACGAAAGAAGCGUUGAAUGGACUGCCAUCACCACAGAAGAAAGAACCGAUUAAUUAUGAUCUAGAGUUGCGGUUUUCCAAGCCGUCCAUAGCUGCAAUCAAAUCACAACCUUCCAUUUUAGCAACGAAAUCUAGGCCAGUCCCAGAGGCUACUUACGACCAACCGGUUGCCACUGCUCGAUUUUCUGCCCCGAACCCGGAAGCCAUUUCGUCUAGGCCAAAAAAUACAUCAACGUCUGAUCGGCCAUCUGACGCUGCUAUCAAAUCGAACAUUUCCGAGGCAUCACGCUUCUCAAAACCACCAGAAAUGAUUAUCCGGGCGCUGCCAGAAUAUGCUGCCUACAGUUCUGCACCAUCAGAAAACGCUCGAUUUUCUCCGCCUCAAAUUCCCGCUGCUUUUUCACGCCCACGAAAUGAGUCGAUUUUCUCAUUUCCUGGAUUUUCCUCUUCCUCUUCACUACCGUCCAUCGUUUCUUAUUUUUCACAACCAAGUGAUACGGUGAUUUUCUCAUCACCAAGUGGGAUCUCCUACCUUUCAAAGCCAGCCAUGGAUAUCCUCCGACAACAGCCAUCCUCUGAUUUAUUAUUCUCUAAACCAACUGGAGGGGAUAGUGCCCCGGACAAGGAAAUAUUGUAUUCUAAGCCGAUUUCUGAAGCUAUACACUCAAAACCAAGAGGUGAUGUUUAUGAUGGUACGGAAGUUCGGCCAACGGUUGGCAUAAGAACAACAACAGAGGAAGCAGCUUACACGAGUACGAUUAGCUCAACUAUUGUUGAAAGCGAGUCGAGUCAACUUGCAACGGACUGGACAUUGUUAGCUGUUGUCCAGGAACCAUUGGCCCGCUUUUUGUUAAAUUGGUGGAAUAAAUGUGUCAAACCGGCAGAACUCGGAGCAAAAUCAUGUUUUGGAUGCAAAGAUGAUAUGGAUUGCUUGCUGGCGACGAUCCUCGAAAAAGCUGAUCACCUCCUUUACAACGAGGACCCAGAAGAUGAACUUCUCAACUAUUUUUUGCCGCAAAACUGGCAAUGUGAUUUCGCACGUUUUCCUUAUAAUAUUCUACAAUAUUCGGAGAUGGCCGGGGUCUUGCCGUAUGUUGAUAAUGCGAUACAGAGUGCGGUGAUGCGGAUGACUGGGACAAAAAGGACAGCUUUAUUGAUGCAAGACCCCCUUCAACAAACUGGCUUCGACGAUUUCUACCUGAAGCUGAAAGGGUUGUUUGCGAAUAAGAAAUUGAUGGAGAAACUGGCAAAGAUUUAUUAUCAUGAUUUUAUGAUGUUUGAUUAUAAUGCUAGU